AUGGGAAGGCUGAUCAAAAACCACUGGGCCCGCUUGAUCAUCCUCACCGCUGCAGCUUAUCAAGUAGGCAGCGCUGUGGAGGGCUUCAUCUGGCCCAAGAUAUUCUGGGACUUCACCACAAGAAAUCUUAACAGCGCUGUAAAACCUACCCCGAUCCUCCAAAUCCUCAACCUCAUAAUGGGCCUGCUCGGCAUCGCAUGGGAAUGGCCGUUGAACCUCCUCGCUGGGACCCUACCACACCGCAGCAUCGAAGUGCGACUCAUCAUGUACCCUCUAAGCGCUCUCCUCGCUGCCCUUCUCUACCAGGGGACGGAUCCUGCCAUCUACUAUCUGAUCGGAAUUGCGGUCUACUUCUGGGCGUACACCGAAGGCGAGGUUGUAUGUCCGGAGCCGUGGACUUUGCCGAAACGACACCUCCUCAAAGUAUAA